ACACACACACACAGAAAACCGUCUACAUAAAUAAAUAUAUGCUUCUUCUACUUAAAUUAGCAAAGAGAGAGUUAAAGGUGGAAUAUAGGGUAUGAGACACCUUUUCCUUUAUCUCACUGGCUAGCUUCAGUUAAAGUGGAGAGGGAAUUCCGUGUUUUCCAUGGUUAAAGCCAAGGUUUUAUAGCUCAACUCUCCCUACUCUCAAAGCUUCUUCUUCUUUCUCUCUCCCUCUCCCUCUCUCUCUCUCUCUCUCUCUCACUCCCCUUCUAAUCGUUUCCUCACCUCUUCUCUCCUCUCUUCUCUUCCCUCUCUCUUUGGCUUUACCAGUUCCUCUUAAGGAAGAAUAUUUCUUCUUCUGAAGAAGAUCAUCGAUCAGAUCUCUAGCUAUCAAAAUUAUGAGCACUAGUCUUGCAGAAGGGUAUUGCCUGAUAUUGAAGUUUUAACUUUAAAGAGGUUGAUUGGGAUCUAUAUGUGAGAAUAUAUUAGUGGUAUUUAAUUAUAUGAUCAGAUAGAGUGAGAGUUUUAUGGAAUAUAUAUUUCAAUUAAUAAUAAGUUGAUAGAAAGAAAGUUUUGUGGGUUGGAGUGAAAGAAAGAAAGAAGCAUGAAUAAGGGUCAGUUGGGCUCCAUCAGCAGCUCUGAUCUCAUUGAUGCAAAGCUUGAAGAGCAUCAACUCUGUGGAUCCAAACACUGCCCAGGUUGUGGCCACAAGCUCGAAGGAAAGCCAGACUGGGUAGGUUUACCUGCAGGAGUGAAAUUUGAUCCAACAGACCAAGAAUUGAUUGAACAUCUUGAAGCAAAGGUAGAAGCUAAAGAUUCAAAAUCUCACCCUUUGAUAGAUGAGUUCAUCCCUACUAUUGAAGGAGAAGAUGGGAUUUGUUAUACUCAUCCAGAAAAACUUCCAGGAGUUACAAGAGAUGGGUUGAGUAGACAUUUCUUCCACAGACCUUCCAAGGCUUACACAACUGGUACAAGAAAGAGGAGAAAAAUCCAAACCGAAUGCGACUUGCAAGGCGGCGAGACCAGGUGGCACAAGACCGGCAAGACCCGGCCCGUCAUGGCGAAUGGCAAGCAGAAAGGGUGCAAGAAAAUCCUAGUCCUCUACACAAACUUUGGAAAGAACCGAAAACCCGAAAAAACCAACUGGGUCAUGCACCAAUAUCACUUGGGUCAGCAUGAAGAAGAGAAAGAAGGUGAGCUUGUGGUUUCAAAGAUAUUCUAUCAGACUCAACCUAGGCAAUGCAAUUGGUCUGACCGGAACGCUACCACCGGCGGCGGCGAAGGAAAUAGUGACCCUAAUAGCAGAAGAGAUAGUGGCAGUGGCAGCUGUUCUUCUAAGGAAUUAAUCAACCAGAGAGAUGAACUGUCCGCGACCGCGGUCGGUGCUGCAAUAUCAAGUUACAAUGCUAUGGACAUUCAGCAAUUGAAAGCUGACCAUUUUAGCUUUGCCCCGUUUAGAAAAAGCUUUGAUGAGGUGGGAAUAGGAGAGGCUUCAACUGCAAGGGAGGUUCCGGCGACAGGCACGUGCGAAGGGCGUGACAUCCACGAGCACCACCAAAGGCCGCACCAUGUGGCCCACGAACAUCAAAAACACCACCACCACCACCAUCAUCAGAUGGCAACAACAGCUUUCCACAUCAGCAGGCCUUCACACCCCAUCUCCACCAUCAUCUCUCCACCUCCCCUCCAUCACGCCUCCAUUAUUCUUGACGAAGACUCCUUCCAUGUCUCUGGAAUUAUGCUCCAAAAUGACAAUUUCCAGCAACAGCAACAACAUCAGCAGCAGCAGCAGCAGCAACAACAUCAUAAAAUGGGAGGGAGGUCUACAUCUGGUUUGGAGGAACUCAUAAUGGGCUGCACAUCAACUAAUGAUAUAAAAGAAGAGUCAUCCAUCACAAACCCACAAGAAGCAGAAUGGUUGAAAUACUCCACCUUCUGGCCUGACCCUGACAACCCGGAUCAUCAUGGGUAGGAGAGAGAGAGAAUAAACAAAACCCUAGACAGACAACAUCAUACUCAUCAUCAUUAGUACUUGAAGCCUUCUUGAACUUCUUUUUUCAACAAGAGGCCAAGAAGCCACCCUAUGUUUUGCUCUUUUCUUGUGUGGACCUGACUCCGACUCAGUUAUGAUGGUUCAACUGAACCAUUUGUACAACAACUCUCAUGUUGGGGAAGAAAGGAAAGAAAAGAACAGAAAAGGAAAAAGAAAGGAAAGAAAGGAAAAGAAAGCAAGAAAGGCUGCUCUCUGCUGACAAAUAGAAGGAGAAACGAAGACCCAAAGCAAAUCCCGUCCUGCAUGAAAAUCAUCACCAUUAUCAUUACAAUAUCAUCUUUAUGUGACAAUUCUUAUUAUUUGUUUAUUUUUAGUUGUUUGUAUAAUUUUUUUUUAUUAUUAUUUCUUUCUUUUCUUUUACAGCAAAAAACACCAAAGAGUGUGUGCAAAUUGCAACAGAAACUUUGUUAAAUGUGUUGUGGGUAGUCACUUUUUAGAAUAGAAAAUGUAUUAGGGUUCAAAUGAUUUCCCUUUAUAGAAAUGAAAUUGUUUACUGAA